AAGCCCGAGGAAAGUUGCUCCCGGUGGCAGCAGCGUCAGAAGGGGGAUGGUGCCAGCUGCCUUCCAGCCGGGGCUGGCUCUGAGCUCCCCCAGCCGGCGGCGGCUGCUGUGCCGGGGCUGCUCCGCCUAAGCCAGCCCCGCUGCGGAGUGCGCGGGGAGGGGAACGGAGCAGCCGGGGAGCCGCGGAGAUCCAGAGCGAUGCUGGAGACUGGCUGGCUGCGAGGCAGCCUCGCCUCCGGAGCUGCUGCUCGCUUGGGCUGCUGAACGCCGGGCGAACGCGUCCGUCCCCUGCCGUGGGGGCGCCGCCGCUGCGAGAUGGGAAGCGACUGCCCGGGGCUCGGCGCUGGAAAUGUAACGCAGAGGAGCUGCUUCCACUAACAGAUCGCUGACCUUUGAGCCCGGGUUGGCCUGUGGCCCCGCCGGCAGCGGUACACCCCGAGCCUGCUGGACCACCCCUCUGGUGUCCCUAUGGAAGCAGCUGUUUCUAUCUGAGAUUAGGACCAUAUGCAGAAGUUGAGGAGGGGGAUGGCUUGUCCUAUUCAUGAAGCCUGUAUACUUCUGUUACUAAUACUUGGGUUGGUCACCCCAGCUGCCAUCAAUCAUGAAGACUAUCCUGCUGAUGAAGGCGACCAGACUUCAAGUAAUGACAAUCUGAUCUUUGAUGACUAUCGAGGGAAAGGCUGUGUGGAUGACAGUGGCUUUGUAUACAAACUGGGAGAACGUUUUUUCCCAGGGCAUUCCAACUGUCCUUGUGUCUGUACUGAGGAUGGACCUGUUUGUGACCAACCAGAAUGCCCUAAAAUCCACCCAAAGUGUACUAAAGUGGAACACAAUGGAUGCUGCCCAGAGUGCAAAGAAGUGAAAAACUUUUGUGAAUAUCAUGGGAAAAAUUACAAAAUCUUGGAGGAAUUUAAGCCCUCUCCAUGUGAAUGGUGUCGCUGUGAGCCCAGCAAUGAAGUUCACUGUGUUGUAGCAGACUGCGCAGUUCCUGAGUGUGUCAACCCAGUCUAUGAACCAGAACAGUGUUGUCCUGUCUGCAAAAAUGAUGGGAGUGAUUCCAAGUAGCAACUGAAACUGAACUGGAGAAUCCUAGAGGAAACUUCAGCCUUUGUGUUUCAUGCAACUUCUUGCAUAACGAGACAGACUUCCGUCUGAAGCUUUGGCAAGGUUUAUGGGAAUAUACAUCAGAUAUCCAUUAACAGUUUGUGACAAUCUUUAACAGUAAAUUCAAUCACCUCUCACACAAACACCUGAAUAAGUGCACACUGAAGUAUUAAAUCUCUUAUCCACGCAUGUAGCAGAGGGCAGUGGUAUAAAAGAUUGUUCUCAAAAAAAUCAGAUAGCUACCAGCUGUUCUUGGUUGAGUCUGCCUCUUC